AUGAAUUCCACGCAGGAUACUGAAAAAGCCGAGAACGCUAUUGUCGAGAGAGUUGACACAUCACCCGGCGAGGGGGUUUUCGAUAUUGGAGAUCACCCUAAGGUCAACAUUAUAUCCCUCAUUCUCUGCCCUUCGACAAGCCUUGCAUACUUGGUCCGGGAAUUCGAUGUCGGCUACCCAGAUGUGGCACCUCUUAUCUCCUAUGUCGUACUCAUGAUAGGAAUAGGUAGCCUCAUCUGGAUUCCCACGACUAGCGUCCUUGGCAAGCGCAUCACCCUUAUCCUCGCAAAUAUUAUCUUCCUUUCGGGCUGUAUAUGGGGUAUAUUUGCGACAUCUCUUAACAGUCUUCUUGGAUCAAGGAUCCUGGGAGGGUUCGGCGCGAGUGCGGUGCAGGCUAUCGGGCCGGCAUUGAUAGGAGAUGUAUUCUUCGAGCGCGAUUACUCUAAAGUAGUCGCGUUGUACACCAUGUGUCUUAGCAUUGGCGCUCAGAUGGGCCCCUUAUUUGCAGGUCACAUAGCGCUACACAUGGGCUGGCGUUGGAUCUUCAAGCUGAUCGCUGUGCUGAUCGGUUUCAAUCUUUUCACCACGAUGGCUCUGCUACCGGAGACGACAUUUAUUCAGGAUGGCUUUGUUGGUGUAACAGCCGGAGCCUUGGAUGACCGGAUUUCUGGCUCAAUUUCAGGUCGGAACGUGCACAAGCCCUUCCUCUCAACCCUUCGAAAGGGAAUCCUCUCCUGGAAACACCCUCAUGUACACGGAGGAGGUAUCAAGCAGUGGCUCAGAACGCUCAUACGUCACUUGCCCUUCAUAGUAGACCCCAUUGUACUCUGCUGCGCUGGUCUAUGGGGCAUUGUUCAGAGCUGGGUCAUCGUCAUUUCUGUUUGUUCCUCACAGCUCUUCGCUUACCCGCCAUUUCUUUUCACUCCAGCACAAUUGGGCAACUGGACCGCCACAAGCAUGAUAGGAGUCGUCUUGGCUUAUCCCAUCGCCGGUCCAGUCAUGGACAUCAUUUCGCACAAGCUAUCGGAGAGGCGAGGGAAGCAUCAGCCUGAGUACCGUUUGUACAGCAUGGUUGCCCCUUUUCUCAUCUGCUCUCCUGGACUGCUACUAUUCGGAUAUACCUUUCUCCGGGGCUCAAGCAUUGGUCCUGCCGUUGGCUUUGCCAUGCAAGCUGCGGGUCUCACCCUUGCACCCUCUGCAACUAUCUCGUACGUCAUUGACAGUUAUCCAUUUUACGCAGUUGAGGCUGUUGCCUCAGUCAACUUGCUUACCCAUCUGAUGUCUUUUGCCCUUUCGAAGACAGCACCAGAGUGGCUACUACGUGUUGGUGAAAAGCAACUCUUCAUUGACAUGUCAAUAAUUCAGUGGGCGAUAUUCCUUGGAUUGACCCUUCCACUUUUGCUGUUCGGACAGUGGAUUCGUGCACAAACGAAUCAGGUGCACGAAAGGAUCGCCCCAAGAAAAGAUUAG